UUAAUAUCUAAAAGCAAAACUGUUAAAAAAAAACAAACGCGUUUCUCAAAGGGACUAUUUGGUUUGUUUAUCUACAAGGCGUAAGAAAAUCCACAAUUCAGAUUGAAAUUGUAGGAAAUCCGAGUUUGCUUGUAACCUUAAAGGCAUCACGAGGCCCAGUGACGUCAGCCGCUCCCCUGCGCCUCCUCCAGCAGCCAGUCAGAGGAGGGAUGCUCUGAACGCAAGACUGCAGCAUCUUCGCGAGAGAACGAGCAGCGCAGAACGUCUCUUUCUCUGUGUCUUCCUGCAGCUCCGCGUAUCCGGACCCUCACCACCCACGCGCCACUCCGGGGUGUCUUCUCGCUUGGAGCCAGGACGGGACAAGAAGCAAGAAAUUAUAUCAGCCAGUAACGCACCGGAUCUUUAUUUUUCUUUUUAUUCUUACUAUUGCUCCACCAACCGUUCAUUUUUUUCUUUCUUCUUCUACCCUCGGUUGAUCUCUCCUCUUUGUCUUUUUGUUUUAUUUAUUGUUCCGUGUCGCUGGCUGUUGCAGAGGAGCGCCAUCAUCCCGCUCUGCCUGACAUGAGUACUGGUUGCAGCGGAAUGAUACACAUAUCCUAGCACCUAUAUCUAAAGGUUGAUGGAAAAUUGACCCGUUUGCACGUUUUUUAGUAGCCUAGAAGACCGUUUAUCUGCAGAGGUUUUGGAUUUUCUCCCUCUGAGCCGAUCAGCCACCCCUCCCAGCCUUUUCUUUCCUUCGAUCCCCGCGCAGCAUCUCUGCACGCACCACGGAGAAAAAGCGCAGCUGUCCUGCCCCGUCCGUAAGAAAAAGGCGUAUUUUCCUAUUCUUAAAUCGCAACUGCCUUCACAGAGGACUUAUCUGUACGGCUACGCUGCGUAAGAAAAACGGAGAAGGGGGAUUUAAACGCAAACGCAGCUUAAGCAUCCAAGAGCAAGCUCGAAAAUGAUGGCCGGCGGAGCAGUACAGCAAAACGGCAUUUUCUCAAAUCCUCACCAUCACAAUCAACAACCACACAUGGAGUCUGAUCCCCCGGAUUCUCGUAAAAGACCAUUGGAGACCCCGACGGAGGCCAGCAGCACCAAACGCACAAACACGGGAGUGGCCUUCCUGCAGCCCCUUUUUGAAACUGAAGGCAUUGUAUAUCCUGACCAAGAAACUGAGACUCAUGAGGAAGGCGAGUACUUCCUGAAGGUUUUGAUUCCCAGCUAUGCGGCAGGCUCAAUCAUCGGGAAAGGAGGUCAGACCAUCGUCCAGCUGCAGAAAGAGACUGGAGCCACCAUCAAACUGUCCAAAUCCAAAGACUUCUAUCCCGGCACGACAGAGCGGGUGUGUCUGAUCCAGGGGACAGUGGAGGCGCUGAACGGCGUCCAUGACUUCAUCGCCGAGAAGGUGAGGGAGAUGCCUCAGAGCACCCAGAAGACAGAGCCGGUCAGCAUCCUGCAGCCACAGACCACCGUCAACCCGGACCGCGUCAAACAGGCCAAGCUGAUUGUCCCCAACAGUACGGCGGGGCUAAUCAUUGGAAAAGGUGGAGCUACAGUAAAAGCAGUGAUGGAGCAGUCCGGGGCUUGGGUUCAGCUAUCCCAAAAACCUGAAGGUAUCAACCUGCAGGAGCGCGUGGUCACCAUCAGCGGUGAGCCUGAGCAGAACCGAAAAGCAGUGGAGAUCAUCGUCCAGAAGAUCCAGGAGGAUCCGCAGAGCUCCUCCUGCCUCAACAUCUCCUACUCAAAUAUCACAGGGCCAGUCGCCAACUCCAAUCCCACCGGUUCUCCGUACGCCAACUCCACCGAGGUCAUGCCGGCAGCUGCAGCUGCUGCAGCAGCCACAGCUUCCUCUCUGCUUGGCCAAGCCGGCCUUGCUGGAGUUGGAGCCUUCCCGACCACCAUGUCCAGCCUCUCAGGCAACGACCUGCUCGCCAUCACCUCCGCCCUCAACACGCUGGCUAGCUAUGGUUACAACACCAACUCUUUGGGUCUGGGGCUGAACCCUGCUGCAGCCUCAGGAGUGUUAGCCGCUGUAGCAGCUAACGCUAACCCAGCAGCAGCUGCUGCGGCUAAUCUGUUAGCAUCCUACGCAAGCGAUGCAUCUACCAGCGCAGCUCACCCUGCCGCCAGUCUCGGAGGCUUUUCACUGGGAUCGCUAGCUGCUGCUACAGGCGCCACCAACGGUUACUUGAGCGCUGCAUCACCACUGGUGGCAUCAUCCUUACUCGCCACAGAGAAGUUAGCAGAAGGCGCAAAGGAAGUGGUUGAGAUCGCUGUGCCAGAAAACCUAGUUGGAGCCAUCUUGGGGAAAGGAGGGAAGACGCUAGUGGAGUACCAGGAGUUGACCGGCGCCAGAAUCCAGAUCUCCAAGAAAGGCGAGUUCAUCCCCGGAACCCGAAACAGGAAGGUGACCAUCACGGGCUCCCAGGCCGCCACACAGGCCGCACAGUAUCUGAUCAGCCAGCGAAUCACCUAUGAGCAGGGGGUGCGUGCCACCAACCCACAGAAGGUGGGCUAAAUCUGACAGCCAAUGGGAAACGAGGAGGAAAAGAGGAAAAAAAAGAGUGGGGGCUUGGGGGAGGAGUUAAAAAAAGUGAGAGUGGGAAUGGAAAAAGGAGAGGAGAGCAAGAAUGUCGGAAGGAAUCGUUUGCGCCGUUUUCUUCUGCGUGUUUUCAGUAUUCUGUAUUAAAAAAAGUUUUUUGACGCAAAGCAAAAAUGUGCUGAGAAGAUGAGGAGGGAGAGGAGCGAGUUAUCACGCUGAAAAACCAAGAAAAAAUGUGUAAAAUGUAAAUAAGGUUUUAUUACUUAACGUCUUGACCUUUUGGGAUUUUUUUUAUUGUUUUGUUCUGUUGUUUUGUUUUGUUUAGUAAAUUAAGCUGUCUGUUUAUUUGUGUUUUGUGUGGACAGAGCUGAAUGCUAUGUAGACAGGCUGACUGCCUGAGAUGCUACAGAGCGGGGGAGGGAGGGAAGGGCAUGGGGCAUGGAGAGGGGGAGGGUUGGUGUUUACAGGGUACAACCCUCCACCACCCCAAACCCUUAAUCCUGUAAGGAAACAACCCUUACCUGUCCCUCCCCCUGUAGCCCACACCCACCACCCUUUAGCAGGUUUUUUUUUUGCUUUUAUUAUUCUAGGAAAUUUGUCCCAAAUCCUACCACCCUUUCCCCCCACCCCCACCCCUCUUUUGCCCUACCGCUCCCCCUUUUUUUACAGGGGGUUUAUUAACAAGCAAGACUGCAAACUUCAGCCUGGUGUGUGAGAGAAGAAAUGCCCUGAACCCCCCCUCCCCCUUCCCUUCAAAUAACACUUUCUGUUCUCCUUACUGCUUCCUCACGUCCUCCCUCCUUCCCUCCCCCACCUCCUCCUCUCUGGGAGAUGUUGGAGGGGGUGAGGUGAAACUGGGGGGAGGUGUGCAUGUAGGGGAGGAGGGGCAGAAUCAGGUGGGGCGUUUCUUCGUUUGCACACCCUGUGAUGCCCACAAGCAGUGCAGCCCUGCAGGGGUGUGACAGCACGUAGCACCCUCCACAUGUGGCUCUAGUCUUUGAGGUAGAAUGUUGAGGCGCAUGCUGAUGACCUCACGUAGUGCGAAAGCUAGAAAACGACGAGAGUGAUACUGUGCAAGCUGCGGCAAACACAGGCUUUUUUUUUUUUUUUUUUUUGCAGUCACCUAUGAAAAUUCUAUUAAUACUGUCAUGAUUAUUACAAUAGGAAUCCUCAUCAUCGUCACUAUUUAUUAAUGAGGUCACCCAAUAUAAAGCUUGGUUGUUUUUUUCUUUUUUUUUAAAAUCUGUGAAUUCAGGUUGAAAUGAAUGUAAAUGAGAAUAUUUUUGAUUUAAAUCUUUUGUUUUAAAUGUAAGUGGACUGAAGUUGAAUAGUAAUGUCACAUAGUGUAAUAUAUGUCUUAUUUAAGUCCAGUAAGAAAGCCGCCCCAGGCAUUAAAAUCAUUACAGUGAAGGAUCAACUUAUAUAUCCAGUCAAACAGCAGAACAGGGAACACACACACGCAGUCACACUGAAACAAAACAUUACAAUACCAUAUUUGGUGCUAGAAAAGGGAAUUAAUCAUAUCUAUGAUGCAGACUACAGUAAGUCGUCUAGAUUUGCAGGAAAACAUCUAAACCACUCUCGCCACAGACUGCAGUGCAGCUAUUAUAACCUUAAAUACCUGUUUAUUACGCUCAGCUACCCUUUCUCAUGCUGCAAAAUAUCACUGCUGUCUGUAUCUGUAGUAAAAUGCCCUGUUGCAGUUUGCCUACUAUGUAAAACUGCAACUAAAAUGAAUAAUUUAGUUGAGCUGAGACCCGUUCUCAGAUGGACUGCUGCUGCUCAGCCUGUGGUCAUCCCAACUCUUUAGAUUACCCCAAAAACCACAGACUAGACCAAGCAAGAGCACUUAAGACUAACAACAUACUACUGAGAAAUGUAAACAUUGAGUCAGAGGAAACACUGUAACAGGACGAGGGAACGUCGCUUGUCUGGGGUCCACUGCUGAAUCUGCAAGCCUCGCUUGUAGAUUUGCUUUUUAAAGGCAACAUGCAUAUCGGUAAAGGAAAUAAAUAGUCUCAUUGAUCCUUGCCCUUAUCAAGAAACCGUCCAACUGCCAAUGAGGUAAAGGGCAGAUGACUGAUUUUCAAGAAAUGUCAUGGGAGCAGAGCUCAUCUCUGCCCCUGACAAACUGCAGGUCACCCUUGGCAACAGGAUUACUGCCCAUUGUAGACCCACAAGGCUGCUGAAGAUGCUGUUGUUUAUUUUGUUGUUGAAUUUCUUUCUCUUUUUUUGUGUGUGUGAUGUUUCUUUCUUUUUUUUUUUUGGUUUUUAACAAUCGGAGUACACUGAAUUUUUUUGUCUUAAUUCACUGUGAAGCCAGAGAGCAGUUCUCUCGACCCACGUGGUCAGGGCUGUGUAGAUGUAUAUGGCAUCGUGACUGGAUGGGUUUCUGUAUGGCAGGGGGGAAAAAAACACAUGUAUGAUACAUGUAGAAUGCAUAUGAAGAACUUCACCAGAAAUCACGUCGUAUCUGAAUUACUGAAGGAAGAGAAAGAGACUAGGUUGAUGAAGAGGAUCAAUCAAUUGAGGCUGAGAUCAAUUAGACUCUACUUUUUUGAUAUCUUGGGAAACUGUUUUGAAACAAGACGCCAGGUUAUUGGGGAGUGUUAGGGGUCCGGUAGCAGGGGAAAGUCUGAAUUCAAACCACUAACGCAGCUGUGCCCUUUUCAUAAAAAGUAAAAAUUUAUGAUGUACUGCACAUGCAACGGGCAAAUCCCUGGACAGAUUAUUCUUACAGUUUUAAUAUGGUUUAUAAAAUGCUAGAAAAUGAGGAGGGGGUGUAUUUGAUUUACUGACUUACACAGCCUGGCAAGGGAAGGGAACAUUUCUGCCCUCUUUGAUUAAUUAGAAACCAAUCUGACCCCAAAAUCGUCCACCGUGCUAUCGAAUGUGUCACUCUCUGUUGGAGCGCCAGUGAGGGUUUAUCUCCACAGCUUGGUAAGGAGGCUUCUUUACUCCCAUCUAACACCAUCCACACUCUCCUCACCUUCCCACCCGUUCUCAGUUUUCCAGUGCACUCCCAUCCUGACACCCCCUCUCCUCCUACCACAUCGCUCCAUGGGUGACUAUGUCUGGUGUUACGAUCGAUGCAUGUCUGCUGCUUGCCCCGGCAAAUGCCACAGGCUGAGCCUCUCUUUUCUUUGCCUCCUCAGCAGAUGAGGCUGAGACGGCCACCAUCAGAAAACAACCACACCUGCAGAGGAAGUCAUAGCUGGCAGGGUGCAGUGCUCAAACACUCAUCUCUAUUUUGGAUCAGUGCAUUUUACUUUGAUACCCAAAAAGUAUUUGGGGUACCUUGUUGUACAAAUAUACACAUAGUGUGAAGGAGUUUUUUGACGUUGAUAGAGUUUGACUGGAUUUUAUGGGUAAAAAAAUACCUCUGUUCCAUUGUGGAUUGGUACUGUGCUGUAUGCAAUACAGAAAACUUAUUAGCUUUCCAAAUGUGAUCAUUUACUACUACUAGAUAUGUAUUCUGCCCUUUUUCACAAAUUAAUACAGCUUCUUUAUACGCUAAUGAAACAUGUUUUUGUCAAAAGAGCACAGAAAGAGAUUUUAUUACCUUUUCCACCAAGAAAUUAAAUUACUAUUCACAAUUAGCAGUUUUAGGGUAUUGAGUCACCCCCCACUCCAGUCCACCUCUCUUUGCUACAGGGUUCAGCCUCCUGUAACA